AUGACGCAGCUCUGCAGCUCCGUCGUCGUGUACUUGUUUGGAGACUUGAGCGCACAACUACUGUUUCCCUCAGAUCCGCCUCAGCCUAGCAAGUCUGUGGAUCAGACUGGCCAAGAAGGCGACGAUGAGCAGACCGCUCGUGGAGGUGGAUACGAUCCUUGGAGGACGGUGAGACAUCUGAUGGUCGGUGCAGGGUCGAGUAUACCUUCAUACAACUGGUUCAUGUUCCUUCACAACAACUUCAACUACCCAUCAAAAUUUUUCUCCAUCUUGACCAAGGUGGUCGUACAACAAAUCUGCUUCACCCCCGUCUUCAACACGUACUUCUUCAGCAUGCACUCCUUGCUAGCGGGCGCCACAAUUGAAGAAACGUGGGAACGUCUCAAGAAGGCUCUUCCAGUCAGUGUGACCAAUUCGGUCAAGCUCUGGCCCGCUGUCACAGCCUUCAGCUUCAUGUACGUGCCAGCCCAGUUCCGCAAUGUCUUUGCAGGUGUCAUCGCGGUUGGUUGGCAAACUUACUUGAGCUGGCUGAACCAGAAGGCUGCGCGCGAAGUUCUUGCUGCGGAAAUGGCCAUGGACUCGAGAACUACGCAUCGCUUGCCUGCGAUGGCUGACUCGCAGGCUUCUACAGCAGCAUCGGCUGCUGCGUAG